AUGUCUGUGGUAGCUGUGUGCACGCGGGGCUGGGUUGUGGAUGCACGCUCUCUCAUUGAUCGGGGCUAUUCACGUUGCAUCCGACUGACAGAUAAGAAUCAAAAGACACACGUGAAGUGUCGUUUUAAAAGGCAGUGUUUUCAGAUUUUAACAAGCCACUACAGUGAGAGAGCCAGUGCUGCUUUGGAUGGAGGAAACACCGACACGUUGCAGAGAGCAGACAGACCAUCAAAGAAGAGGAAACGAAAACACAGUGAACUCAACCAGGGGGAAGUUGACUCACAGGCCUUCCACGAGAAGAUCAGGUCUGUCAUCCUGGAGGGAACCAAGUCUUUGGUGGAUUCCGCCCAAUCCCUCGGAUACCUGAAAGGAGCUUCAGACACAGUGAAAGAGCCUCUUCCCUCUCAGGAGUGCAGCCUCGCCGCUCUCUGUGAAAUGGCGAAAGAGCUCCCUCUAGUGGCCGAUGAGGAGCAGGAGUGUGUUCAGCCACUUGUUGCUGAGGAUGGCCGAACGUCUCAUGUGGACUUGUUCUCUCGGGUUACAGAGAACAAGGCGGACUGGGCUGCAGUGGUCACUCUGAUGGGAGAGGAAUAUGUAGUACCCCCACACACAGCCUUCCUCCUCUCUGAUUUCACAAGAACACAACCCCUUGUCCACUAUGGAAGAAGGUAUGACUUAAUAGUUAUGGAUCCACCGUGGGAAAACAAGUCUGUGAAAAGGAGUCGCAGGUACAGUUCUUUGCCCUCAUCCCAGCUGAAACAGCUUCCUAUUCCUCAACUGGCCUCCCCGAACUGUUUAGUGGUCACCUGGGUCACAAACCGGCCCAGCCACCUCCGUUAUGUCCGGGAUGAGCUGUAUCCUCACUGGGGGGUGGAAGUUGUGGCCGAAUGGUUCUGGGUCAAGGUGACCACAUCUGCAGAGUUUGUGUUUCCUCUGGAUUCACAUCACAAGAAGCCUUAUGAGGUGCUGGUGCUGGGCCGAUAUCGUUCCUCUGCAGAUAACUCCACAUGCCCUCCAGAGACAACAGAAGUUCCUGUGGAGGAUCACCGUUUGAUUGUCAGCGUCCCAUCAGCCCUCCACUCCCAGAAGCCCUCACUCUCAGAGGUGUUGAAGCCCUUCAUCGGAGCAGAAGCCAACUGCUUGGAGCUGUUUGCCCGAAGUCUUCAGCCUGGAUGGACCAGCUGGGGCAACGAAGUGCUCAAAUUUCAGCACACGAGCUAUUUCACUUUGACGCCUGCAGAAGAUGGAGCAGACGUCCCUAAAGACAAGACCGCAGACGACCGCACAGACAAACCCACAGUGGCACCAGUGUGUAGCUCACCUAAAGAAUCGUCUCCUCCCCAUCACUGUCCCAUCACUGCGGACUAAUGACUGACCUUUGAGCCACAUCGGUAUUUCACUGUGCUUUCAAUAAAGAUUCAACGCCAGAAUACUUCUAUACCA